CUCAGAAAAAUAUCAAAUUACUUCAACCAAAUGUCGAAAAUGAACAGGAUGAAGAGACUUCAACAACUUCAGCUGCUUUAGGACAAACUUUUAACCAAAAUAGACAAAAUAACGAAGAAACUCAAAAAACUACCAAUAAUUUUACCUAUUUUAAUGCUUUAUUGUCUCGAAAGCAUAGAUAUACAAAUUGUCAAAUAUUGCCUGUUGAACUUCCAACUAUAGAACAUAAUGAUAAAGCAAUAGAGAACUCUGAAUUUGAUAUUGAGGAUGAUGAUAAUGCAUCAAAUGGAACUGAACAGGCUGAUU